AUGGAUUCACAAAACAGCUCUCAACGUCAAGAUGGUUAUUGGAGUCAGAAUAAUGAAUUUUCUUACUCCCACAUUAAUAACAACGAAAUUAAUAAUGAACCAACUAUUAAAGUUGAAGCAAUUGAACCAAUAAACCGUGCAUCAGAUCUAGCCAAUGAUUUUUUAUCUACUCUCACUCUCUCUACAGAUUUUUAUAUAAAAACUGAAGAAAAUGCUGAUCAAAUGGAUGAAAUUGCAUCAUCUUUAAACUCCUUCAUAUGCCAACUGGUGAAGGGUAAAUUACCAGGUAUUGGUUAUUCAUUAUUAUCUUUUAGUCGUUCACCCCGUUCACCUGGGCACGAAUUCAGUGAAGUUGAUUGUGAUGAUGAUGAUUCAUACAAUUUUUUAUCAGUUAAAAAUGAAAGCGUCGAUUAA